UUGAGUGAAUCAUCAGUUUUAUCGGUAAAUACAGUAAUAAUAAUAAUAAUAAUAAUAAACAAACCGAUAGACAGACAGACAGUCAUCGGCCAGUGAUAUGUCCACUCAAAGAGGUGGUAGUGGUGGUGGCCGAGGAGGAGGCGGUGGUCGCGGCGGCGGCGGAGGUCGUGGUGCCGGUGGUGGCGGCGGCGGCGGYGGAAGUGGCAAUUGCUUUAAAUGCGGAAAACCUGGUCAUAUGUCUCGGGAGUGUCCGUCGGCGGGUGGCGGCGGUGGAGAUCGUGGUCGCGGACGUGGAGGCGGUGAUGGCGGCGGUGGUCGAGGACGAGGAGGUGGUGGCGGCGGCGGUGGCGGCAAUUGUUUUAAAUGCGGAAAACCUGGUCAUAUGUCCCGGGAGUGUCCGUCCGCUGGCGGAGGUGGCGGUGGUUUYAGUGAUAGAGGUGGUCGUGGAGGAGGAGGAGGWGGUGGACGCGGCGGCGGCGGCGGUGAUAGACGACCAUACGAUAGAGGACAGCCAGCCAGCGGUCCGCCGCGUAGACCUGAUGGCCCGCCGGUAGCUGUUAAUCCAUUUCAAUACAAAGAGAUGGAUACUAGCCGUACGAAAGAGAUUUUUGUCCGCAGGCCGGCAGUCGGUACACGCGGACGACCAAUCUGGCUGUUGGCCAAUCAUUUUAAGCUCGACAUCAAAGAUGUUACUGUCUAUCACUACGAUAUUAAAUUUGAACCGCAAGAUAAUCGGCCAAUGAAUCAGGCAGUGGCCUCUGCGGCGGCGGCUGGUGGUGACGGGCCAGGCCGUGGUGCUGGCGGUGGCCCGAGUCGUAACCGAAUGCGCAAAUUACGGCAAGCGGAAAAUCGACUGGCAUUUGACCAGUUCAAAGCUAAUCGGCCGCUAAUAUUUAGUAAAUCAUCGAAUGAGAUGCUCAGACCAGUAUUCGAUGGUAAUUCCAAUGUCUAUACCGGCUAUAAGCUCCGGGAGGAUCACUACGAACGCCAACUGGACGUUGAUUUUGAUGGUAAACCUACCCGAGUGAAAGUCAUAUUGAAUAAGGUGGCCACUAUCGAACUGAGCCAGCUAAACAUGUACUAUAGUGGCCAGUCGCGUGAGUUGCCGCGCGAUGCACUCCAGGCGCUGGAUAUUAUACUACGUUAUGGUCCGACAUCGAAUCGGGUACCUAUCGGUAAUUCAUUGUAUCCGAAAUGGGAUCCCCAGCACAACGAUGGCCGCGUGGAUAUUGACCGAACCGGUAACAAACAAGUCGUAUUCGGUCACUAUCAGAGUACACGCCCGACAAAAAUGGGUUAUACCCUACUGGUCGACCGAUCGGCUACGGCUUUCUAUACGGGCGGUAGUCUACUGGACUUUAUGGCCAAACUAUUGCAAACCCGAACCAUCGAUCGUAACUGUAAUAUCAAUUCGAUUGAAAAAGAUCUGAAAGGUUUGAAAAUAUAUACCAAUCAUUUGGGUUACAAACGAAAGUAUACGAUCGAUGGUUUUGGACGGCAAUCGGCACGCGAUCAACGAUUCCAGUGUCGCGAUGACGAGUCGGGCCAGGAACGGGAAGUAUCGGUUGAACAAUAUUUUCAACAACAAUACAAACGACGGCUACAACAAGCAGAUCUGCCAUUACUGGUCACUAAAGGGGGUAAAAAAAAUUAUUUGCCCCUAGAAUUGUGCGAGGUUGUACCCGACCAAUUGGUUCCCCGUACUAAACUCGACGGUAACAAUACAUCCCAAUUGGUCAGAGCUUGCGGUAGUCAAUCACCGGCCGAACGAUUUAUGGAAAUACAGGGAGCGGUCAACAAAAUCCAAUCGGAUUCCAGCGAUUAUCUAUCAGAGUUUCAGAUCAGUAUAGAUACCCGUCCCGUGAAAUUCCAGGGCCGUGUAUUGGAUAAACCGAAAAUCGAUGGACUGGAUCGCCAGAAUAAUCGUAAAAUGUUACGACCAAUACCGUUGAAAUCAUGGAUAGUUGUCAAUUUGAGUCGAUAUGUACGCCCGGAACAGAUCGACGAUUUUAUACGGACAUUGCGCGGUCCCGAAGCAGCCGGUCUGGUCGGUAUGACCAUCGAACAGCCCGUACACAUACAGAAUAUUGGCGACCGAUACCGGGCCGAAGAUUUGCCGAAUAUGUUUGUCCAGUGCUCCCGAAAAUGUCCGCCGCCUAACAAACUCCAGAUGAUUAUGUUUAUAAUACCCGAUAGGAGUCCCGUCUAUAAGCAAAUCAAACACGAAGCGGAAUGCAAUCGCGGUGUUAUAACCCAAUGUAUUAAAGAUCAAAAUGUAUCCAAACCUAAAUUCGGUGUUCACGCAAAUCUAUUGUUAAAAAUUAAUACCAAAUUGGGUGGUAUUAAUCGUAUCAUAAGUAACCAGAAUCUACCCGAUAAACCCGCGGUACUCAAAGAUGACCGCUGUCCGGUAAUGAUUAUCGGUGCCGAUGUUACACAUCCGGCACCGGCCGAUCAAUUGGAAUCAUCGGUAGCGGCGGUAAUCGGUUCGGUCGAUAACAAUUACUAUACAUAUUCGGCAUCUAUCAGGGCUCAGGAAAAGACUACCCGAGCCCAGGCCGUGGAAAUGAUUAUGGAAUUUGAUUCGAUGAUCGGGGAAUUGUUGGUCGAAUAUCGCCGACGUAACGGUUGUCUACCGAAACAUAUUAUCUACUACAGGGACGGUGUCAGUGAAUCCCAGUUUCGUCAGGUAUUGGAUCACGAAUCGCGUAAACUGUUGGAAGGCUGCCAGAGGCUAGGAUUUCGGCCAAAGUUGACAUUCCUGACCGUACAGAAACGACAUCAUACAAGGAUGCGUCCGGAAAAUCCGGCUGACGGUACCGGUCGUAUGAAAAACGUACCGCCGGGUACUACAGUCGAUACACAUAUCGUACAUCCGACUGAUUUUGAUUACUAUCUGUGCAGUCAUGAAGGCAUUCAGGGAACAAGUCGUCCGACACACUACUAUGUCCUACACGAUGACCAUAAAUUCACGGCCGAUGAACUACAAAAACUAUCGUAUUAUUUAUGCCAUAUCUAUGCCCGAUGUGACAAACCGAUUAGCAUACCGGCGCCGGUAAUGUACGCUCACUUGGCUGCCUAUAGGGCACGCAAUCAUAUUGUGGCCGCCAAUCCCGUAACGCCUGGCAAUCGCGGCCCGAGAGAUGAAACCGACGAUCAGAAACGUCAACGUUGGAGACAAUUGGCCGCUAAGAUCAACAACGAUAUCAAAGUGAUGGAUGCGGUCAAACAUAGCAUGUAUUACUGUUAGAGACGACUAUACAGGCUUAUGGACUAAAGGGAACSGACCUAUCUAUCUAUYUGUCUGUCCAUCCAUUUAUGUCCCGAUAUUUUAAAACUUUUUUCUUCUCUCUAAUUAUUGGUUUAUAUAUUGUAU